GAAAAGAGAGCGGAAAGAAGAAAAAAAAGGAGGCAAGCCACGUCCCGUCCUUAACUUUAUUUGCUUUUUCAAGUUUGUGUUUUCAAAGCAGGCCAGAUGGCUGCCACUGGGUUGGGUUGAAGACCUACAGAGUGACAUCCUACUCCCUGUAAACCGAGGGCCAUGCGCGUCACACUGCGGCCUCGUAGUGGCUGCCUGGUGCUGUGUCUGUGCCUGUCUGUGGUCACCCUGCUGUUACAGAGUUUGUGGGUGCCACUGGAGAUGACCAGAGAUGAUCCUGCAGGGAGCUCACCUGAGGAUCUGGGUCAGCGUGGGCUUAGCUUUCGUAGCCUGGCUCUUCGCUUGGAGGCUUUGAAUACUCAGGUACAGAGGCUGAGCAGAGAGAAAGAUGGCUCCAAGCUGACCAGAAAUGAUCUCACUUUGCUGCUGCAAAGCUUCAGACAGGACCAGCAAGGUUUGGCUCGUUUAGUAGAAAGAGAGAUGAAAAGAGUAUCGCAGAGGCUUGAUCAGCUCAGCCAUCACCACCAACACCACCAUCAGGCUGAAGCUGCAACACCACUUGUUAACCGUAGAUCACACACAGGGUCCAACGAGAAGUGUCAAGUGCCAGUGGAUCCUGCAUAUCCAGUAUGUGCAGAGAAGGUGGAGUUCCUGCAGGCUCAGUGGCAGUCAGACCCCUGUUAUGCUUUUUAUGGAAUGGAUGGUACCACUUGCUCCGUACUGACUUACCUCAGCCAGACAGAGGACUUUUGUCCCCCUCGAGAUGGAAGAAACCACUCUAGUCUGCCAUGGCAUCAGAAACCUCAAGCUCAUACAAAGAAGGCUGAGAUACGUAAAUCUCUACUCCCACUGUAUGAGGCGAUCAGCAACAACAGCAGCCCAGCAAUUAAGUUUAUCCGCUCCAGAGUGGAAAAAAUGUCUGAACGGUGGAUACAGGCUGGUCUGAGGAUGAAAGAGAGCAGCAAUAACACAGUCUCCACACAGAUGAGGGUGCUGCUUUAUCCUGGUGCCCUGUCUGGAAGUGUUGGCCAGCGUUUUGAAGCAAUGGUGGAAAGAGGUGGUCCUUUAGGAGAACUGGUUCAGUGGGCAGACCUCAGCGCUUGUCUAACAAUCCUUGGCCACAACCUGAUCUUCAGCACCUCACAGCACCAACUUCACAGCUUGAUAGGUGCUGCUCCAGGCAGAGGCAGCUGUCCGAUCCAAAGGCCCCUCAACUUUGACCUCAUUUAUACCGACUAUCAUGGCCUCGCUCACCUCCAAGGAGCCAUGGGACUGGCUUUCAAGCAUUACCAGUGUCGCUUCAGAAUCUUGGACUCAUUUGGCACUGAACCGGCCUUUAACUUUGCGAGCUAUGCACAUAGCCAUGGAUAUAAAACGCUGUGGGGCAGCUGGGAUCUCCAACCUCUACAGUACAUGACCAUGUUCCCUCACACUCCUGAUAAUUCCUUCCUGGGCUUUGUGAGUGAAGGGACCGUUAGGAAGGGAAGCGAGCUCGAGCCAGUGAGCUACAAGAAAGACAGAAUAGCGAUGGUCUAUGGAAAACAGGACUACAUGUGGCAGGGUAAAUAUGAGUAUGUGAAAGUGAUCAGUGAAGAACUGGAGACUCACGCCACAGUCUAUCAGCCUCCUGGACACACAUUGCAUCUGCCCAGCUUCAUCAGAAACCACGGACUGCUGACUCAGGAACACUUUCAACAACUUCUCCGUAAAACUAAGUUGUUUGUAGGUCUUGGCUUCCCCUAUGAAGGUCCAGCACCUAUUGAGGCAAUAGGAAUGGGAUGUGUCUUUAUUCAGCCGAGAUUUGACCCUCCACACUCAUCAGCCAACAAUGACUUCUACAAGGGCAAGCCCACCACAAGACAGAUCUCCUCCCAGCACCCUUAUGCUGAGGAAUUCAUUGGUAAACCCUACGUAUGGACUGUGGAUGUGACCAACAAGAGUGACAUACGCGAGGCCGUCAAAGCGAUUCUAAGAAGUGAGGUGAAGUCCUUCACUCCUCAGGAGUUCACUUGUGUGGGAAUGCUGAAGCGGGUCCUUGGUUACAUCACUCACCAGAACUUCUGCAGUAAAUCUGUCCCUACUUGGCCACCAAAAAGUGCUCUGAGGGUUCACCUCGCUCCACUGGGUCAGUCCUGUGUGAGUGUGUGCCGGCGGUCCUCCCUUGUGUGUGAGCCGGCUCUGUUUCACCACCUCAACACCCCUGCUGCGUUUACCAGGCUUGGAUUAAGUUGCGCCAGCGUGCUGCCAGAACUCAACCACUUGUUUCCUUCUUACAGUCCUUGGGGUCGUCAGUGUGGCCUCCAGCAGGAGCCCCUGCUUUUCAGUUGUGCUGGCUCUGAUCCGUCCUAUCGCAGACUGUGUCCCUGCAGAUCUCACCUAACUGGAUAGGUUGCAAUCUGUCUUGACUGCCUCUAAGUAACACGGAAAGAACUCAGGAAAAGCACCAAAGAGCCAUCUGCAAUGCAUGCUGUACAGGUAAAGAUUCCCAACAAAAGGGAGACAGCUCUCCCGCCAAAGCCAUUGAAAGCCUUGCAGUCAUGUUUGUGUAUGUGUACACAUUCAAAUGACAUACAAUUCUGAGGAAGUAACCAUAACUGAAUGUCAUUUCCUUAAAGUACUUGACAAGCUGAAGAACUGUAAAUCCAAGGCCUGAUUUCCCUUGGCGUCAAGUGUAACUGUAGCUUAAGAAAAAAAAGCCUUUGAAUGCCGGCAAUAUGCACCUCAGGGAAAAUGUGUUUACAUGUGUUUAAAUCAAGUGGAAACUGGCACCGGCGAGUAUAAAAGCAGACCAGUUUACAUCAGUUCUUCGCCUGCUCUAGUCACACACAGUGCAGUAGGCUUCUGUGUUAUGCAAAAUAAGUAUCUAAUUAUUCAUUCGCUUACAGUAAUGUAUCACAGUGGCCAGUGCUGCAUGGGAUUGCUGCUCAUGUUGCUCCUUCAUGCUUUGCUGGCUGCAGAUAUUAGCCUGGGGCCUUAAAGGAGAGAGGGUGACAGCCUAAGUGAUGAGGCUCAUUAUCGGAGUGAAUCAUGGAUAACCUCUGAAUCCAUUUGGGAGGUCACAGCCGUAUGACCAUUAUUAUACUGUCAUCUAAACCAUUGGUUCCCAACCAUCUUUGACUUAGGAAACCCCCUCAGCUCUUUUUAAAUCUAUGCCCCCCCACGAUUGCUGUAGGAACAAACUCAUUGUUUGGCUUUCAAAUGCAAACUUUAUGUCAUUUAAACCUGGGAAAAAA